AUGCUCACACCCCUUACCAACUCAGGGAGCCUGGAUCUCAUGGUGCUGGGAACCGGGGCUGAGGAAGAGGCACAAUCUGCAGGGGGAGGGGUUGGGGGGCUCCAGGGUGGGGCAAGGCCUCCCAGAGAGAGGUUUUUGUAUGAGCUUGUGUCACUGUGUUAUGUGUUCGGCGGAGGGACCCAGCUGACCGUCCUAGGUCAGCCCAAGUCUGCACCCUCCGUGUCUCUGUUCCCGCCAUCCGCUGAGGAGCUCGCCAACAACAAGGCCACACUGGUGUGUCUCAUGAGUGACUUCUACCCGGGCAGCGUGACGGUGGCCUGGAAGGCAAAUGGCACCCCCGUCACCCAGGGCGUGGAGACCACCAAGCCCUCCAAGCAGAGCAACAACAAGUACGCGGCCAGCAGCUACCUGAGCGUGUCCAGCCAAGACUGGAAGUCCGCCAGCGCCUACAGCUGCCAGGUCACGCACGAUGGGAAGACCGUGGAGAAGACAGUGGCCCCCUCAGAGUGCUCCUAGGACCUGAGUCCCCACUUCUGGGGACACUUCUCCCUCAGACCCUCCCUUCCCCCGCUCCCCACUGUCCCCCUGCGGCUCUUGCCCUGGUCCCUCAGACUGGGCAGGUGGCCAUCCCUCCCCGUUUCCCCUUCUCCUGAAUAAACUCCUGUCAUUUCUCAUCUGA